CCCACCACAGCUCCAACUAUGGGGGCAGCUAUGUUCCUCUGGGCCCUGGCUCUGCUCUCACUCACAGCUCCAGCCAUUUCAGACCCCCACUAUCUGUUGACCUUCCCGGCAGUCAUUCACCAUCCAGAUACUGAAGAGUUCUGUGUGCUUCUGAGCAACCUCCAGGAGACAGUCCACCUGAGAGUAACAUUACAGAUGGCGCUGCAGCACCACAUCCUCCUCGAGAAGGAUGUGGAGAAACCAGGGACCUAUGAAUGCACCAGCUUCCAGGUACCAGACUUUGUUUCAGGGGAAACAGAGCGCUACAUUCCAUUGGAAGGAGAAAUAGCUCGUGUUCUCAUCCAAGUCCUGCAGGGUGACAGCGUGAACUUAAACGCUUCCAAGAAGGUGCAGGUCAAGAGCUCUUCCACAUUUAACCUCUUGGAGCUAGACAAGCCCUUUUACAAGCCUGGAGAGAGAGUAAAACUUCGAAUUGUGCAGCUUGAUGAUCAAUUUAAGGCCAGCGAUAAAGCUAUCCCUUUGUUGGAGCUGAGAGAUCCUAAUGAUAACCGAAUAGGCCAAUGGGUGGACGUGACGCCUCAAAAUGGCAUUGUGGAUGUGUCUUUCCCUCUGGCCUCUGAAGCGGUCCUGGGAACGUACAACUUCAAAAUGGGAGGAGGCUACAGAAAUAAGAAAGGAUUCACUGUGGAGGAAUAUGUGCUGCCUAAAUAUGAAGUGCAGUUUGAACUCCCGCAAAUUGUCACCAGGGCGGAUGAAGAAGUUCAAGUCAAGGUGUUUGGCAGGUACACAUAUGGGAAGCCUGUUCGUGGGAAAGUAGAUCUACGCGUAAUUCGAGACCAAUCAUAUUACUUCUUUUACGAGACUCCAGUGAGACCAUUCAAUGCAAUUCAAUUGAACUACACAGGCCAAACAGACAAGAAUGGUUAUGCUUCUUUCACAAUUAAUGCAACCGAUUUAAAACUGCCAGAGAGGGGCUUUACUGAUUUAGUUCAGCUUUCUGCAGAACUUGAAGAAGAAGGAACAGGAGUGACAGUCGCAGGAACCGGUGCCUUCUCUGUUGUCACCAGAGUAGCAAACGUGCAGUUCCUAAAUCUCAACCCAUUCUAUAAGCAGGGAUUUCCAUACACUGGAAAGAUGAAAUGCACCAUCAACGAAGCACCCGUCAAGAAUGAGACGGUCUAUCUUACUGUCGAUGUCAUUGGCAUAGAGACAAACCUUCCUUACCGCACAGAUGAGAAUGGCGAAGUUGCUUUCUCUUUGGACACAACAGAAUGGAAAGAUACUCAGGUUUCUCUACGGGGCAGGUACACUAUUUUAAAACCGGCUGAGGUCCCUGACCUCCUGGAGACAAUACGGAAUGAAGCUUUCAUAUGGCUGAUGCCCUUCUACUCAGAAAGCAACAGUUUCCUCGAGAUCCAGCAUGUGGAGGAAGAGCUGCCCUGUGGAAAGGAUCAGGAAGUCCUGGUAGAUUACAUCCUUGAUCGGAAAGAACUGGGCCGGGAAGCCGACCACGUAGAUUUCUAUUACUUGGUUAUGUCCAAAGGGAAGAUUGCCUUGAGUGGACAGAAGCAGGUGCCAAUUGGCCAGGAUGAGACUCUGAAAGGCACCUUCUCCCUCACCUUGUCUACGAGCCAAGACCUGGCACCCAGAGCCAAGCUUCUGCUGUACACUGUGUUUCUGGAUGGUGAGGUGGUGGCUGACGUGGAUGAUUUCAGAAUAGAGAAGUGCUUUAAACACAAGGUGACACUCGGCUUCUCUGAGGCAGAGGAACUUCCAGGGUCAAAGGUCGACCUGCAAGUCGAAGCCGCCCCUGGUGCGCUGUGCUCUCUCCGUGCUGUGGACAAAAGUGUCAUGCUGAAGGAAAGUGAAACGCUGACCCCAGAGAAAGUGUAUCGGCACCUUGAUUCUGGCCCGCUUGGCUCCAGAGGGUUUGACUUUGACCUGGAAGACUUCGACCCCUAUCCUUGUCUACCUGAGGGUUCAAAGAAAAAACGGUCCAUUCUGGCCCCCUGGUUCCAAAACCAGGCUGAUGCCUACAGCCUGUUCAAACAAUUAAGGAUGAAAGUUAUAACCAACACCAAAAUGAAGAAGCCGGUGUCCUGUAGAGUUCCUGAAAGCCUACCUGUUCAAUAUAGCUUGGGAUCUGCUGGCGUUAUGCCGGGGGCGGCUAGGCCUAAUUUGCCCCCCCAAAGCCAAGGGUUGCCUGGGGCUUAUAAUUCAGUCCCCUGGAAAGCAGAGGAAGCCAAACCCAGGACGUACUUUCCAGAGACCUGGAUUUGGGCUCUGGUCCCUGUCAAUGAGGAGGGGAAAGCAACUUACUCGGUCACCGCUCCGGACACGAUCACUGAGUGGAACGCUGAUGCCUUCUGUGUGGCCGACAUUGGCUUCGGACUCGCCCAGCAAGCCAAGUUCCGGGUCUUCAAGCCAUUUUUUGUGGAUCUGAGCCUGCCGUAUUCUGUGGUCCGUGGGGAGACCUUGCUGCUAAAGUCUACUGUCUUCAAUUACAUGAAGGAAUGUAUCCAGGUGAGAGUGAAGCUGCUGGAGUCGCAAGAGGUGGACGUGAAGCCAUGCCCAGCCUGCCAGUUCAGCACCUGCCUCUGUGCUGAGGAGGCCCACACCUUCUCCUGGAACGUGACGGCGACUCAGCUGGGGCACGUCAAUCUCUCCGUCACCGCCGAGGCAGAGGAGACGCAUGAGCUGUGUGGCAAUAAGAUCUCCACCACGCCUGCGCGAGGCCAGUCAGACACAAUAGUCAAAACCCUGCUGGUCAAGCCAGAAGGCGUCCUGGAAGAAGAGACCCACAAUGUCUUCCUCUGCUCUUCAGGGGACCCAGUUUUGGAUGAGGUUUCUCUAAAGCUGCCUGAAGCUGUUGUUGAGGGCUCUGGCCGAGCAACCGUCUCCUGCAUUGGAGACAUUAUGGGUGCUGCGCUAGAAAAUAUAGACCAGUUGCUUCAAAUGCCCUUUGGCUGUGGUGAGCAGAACAUGGUGAAAUUUGUUCCCAACAUCUUUGUCCUCCAAUACCUGGAGAAAACGAACCAAGUGACUCCUGAGAUCAAAGAGAAGGCAAUAGAGUACAUGAAGAGUGGGUACCAACGUGAGCUGCUCUACAAACAUGACGAUGGCUCCUACAGUGCCUUUGGGAAGAGUGAUGCUGAAGGCAAUACCUGGCUGACAGCUUUUGUGGUUAAGGCUUUGGGCCAAGCAAAUGCCUACAUCUAUGUUGAUGAGAAGCACAUUCAGGAGGCUGUAGGCUGGCUGGGGCAGCACCAACUUCCCAGCGGCUGCUUCGAAAGUGUGGGGAGGCUCUUCAACAAUGCCCUGAAGGGCGGCGUGAAUGAUGACUUCUCGCUAACAGCUUACAUUGCUGCCUCACUGCUGGAACUGGGCAAGAAUGAUACCAUGGUAGAGAACGCCUUAGCCUGCCUUAAGAAUAACUUAAGUUCUGCAGAGAGCAGCUAUUCCAAGGCUUUGUUAGCUUAUGUCUUCACUUUGGCUGGAGACACAGAGAUACGGCAUCAGCUCCUAACAGACUUAGAUGAACAGGCUGAAAAAACAGAUGGGGUCAUAUCCCUCUCAGAUGUAGAGACAACAGCCUACUUUCUCUCGAGUUACCUCUCCAAACCAGAGGUGUCCACCGAUGACAUCAAAUAUGGCUCCCAGAUUGUGCGUUCCCUUACCAAAGCACAGAAUCCAUAUGGAGGCUUUUCUUCCACACAGGACACUGUGGUUGCCCUGCAGGCUUUACCCAAGUAUGCAGCCUUGACCUAUCGUGAAACAGGUGAUGUGAAGGUGCUGGUGAAAUCCAGUGGGGGUUUCCAGCAUGAAUUCCAUGUGGCCAAGCAGAACCGGCUGGUGUUGCAACAGGCCCCUCUCGCAGAGGUUCCUGGUCAAUACAAAGUGGAGGUGUCGGGGGACGGCUGUGCCUAUGUGCAGACUACCCUUCGAUAUAACUACUCACCUGAGCAGACCAAUGUUUUUGCUUUGAGUGUGGAGACGUUCCCAAAGGAAUGCAACCAGGUUUCCAGGAAAUCUUUUGACAUCCAUCUACAAGUGAGCUACACAGGUCAACGGAAGACAAGCAACAUGGCCCUGAUAGAAGUGAACUUGGUAUCAGGAUUCAUACCUCUCAAAAAGUCUGUGAAGAAGCUGGAAGGGAAAGCCAAUGUAAAGAAGGUGGAAUUUGACCCCGACAAGAUCAGCAUCUACCUGGAUCAGUUGGACAGCACUGUUCAAACCUAUGCUUUCUCUGUGGAGCAGGAAAUUGACGUGCUGGAUCUUAAGCCAGCGAUAGUGAAAGUCUAUGAUUAUUACCAUUCAGAUGACCAUGCAGCUGUCAAAUACAAUGCCCCCUGCAGUGCAGAAACCACAAAGGAAAAUAACCACUGAGACAAUCGACCAUUGUAGCUGAAACACCCCAGUCUGAACACAGAAAUUGUCAGAAAAGACUGUUCUUGUUUUGUGUCAUUUUUUGGGGUGCUGUGGGGGGAAAACUGCUUAUUUUUAUCACAAAAGCACUAAGCGUAGAGCUGGAAAUUGUCGUGGAAUUCUACUCAAUAUUGAUCCAGGGCAGAUUCCAGCGUAUAGUUAGCAGAGUAAAAACUUAAACAUGUUGCAGGAUUCCCAAAAAAUAGACCAGAGGCAAUUCAUAUUCAGUAGCUUUACUGCUAAAAGGUAAAGGGGCCCCUGACCAUCAGGUCCAGUCAUGUCCGACUCUGGGGUUGCGGCGCUCAUCUCACUCUACUGGCCGAGGGAGCCGGUGACCAGCAUGAAUAAGUCACUUCUGGCAAACCAGAGCAGCACACGGAAACGCCGUUUACCUUCCCGCCGGAGCGGUCCCUAUUUAUCUACUUGCACUUUGAUGUGCUUUCGAACUGCUAGGUUGGCAGGAGCUGGGACCGAGCAACGGGAGCUCACCCCGUCACAGGGAUUCGAACCGCCGACCUUCUGAUCAGCAAGCCCUAGACUGUGGAUUAACCCACAGCGCCACCUGGGUCCCAAGAGCUUUACUGCUACUGAAGGCAAAUGAGCAUAAUGGUCACAAAUCCCGUACAUCCAGGAUUGGCACUGUCCAUAGGAAAUCCAGUUGCAGCAGACUUGGCUUAAUAAGACUAAACCUUAACACUAAGCAUACGAUGUACAGAACACCACACAAGAAGGGAAAGAGAUAGAAACCCAGGCUCCUUCUAGCCUAUUUUUAUAGUCAGCAUGACUUUGACAGAAAAGAGAACCAGUUUAAGCCAGCUGUGCUCUGCUUCUCUCUGAAGGAAUAACCCAAACAUCAGGAACCUUCUGCUUGUUUCUUUCACACAGAGAAGCUUCCAGAACCCUCUUGAAUUAAUUAGAAUAGGAGAGAUCUCUCCACGUCAGAUCAAUACAUUCUGUACUAAGAAAAGCAAAUAGGAAUGACGUUUAGAAAAUCAAACCCAGAAAUCUCAAGUGAAGAGGCACUGCCACAAAUCACAGGAGACAGAGACUUGCCUCUUUCUCAUUUCAGAAGAAGCUUGGUGCUGGAGGAUUUUUCCAUUCAUAUGUUUACCUUUCCUUCAGAAUCCUGUUUUGGAUUCUGAAAGCCCUGGCUCUGCUAAUGAAAUAGACUAGACUCUGUCACUGCAGGAAGCUUCAACACAGGUUUGCUUCCCUCGAACAAUGGGUACGCAGAGGACAGGAAGCGCCGGGUACUGGAUAAGGCAUUGCAAUAAGGCAGGGGUUGGGUUGGAGGAACGAUCCACCCUGGGCACUGUCAUGGGAAUUUGAGGAACACUUGUCAUUUGAAUGCUGAUAUCUGAAAAACAGGAAAGUGCUAGUUUAAACAGUUUAUGGAACAGACGAUAGCAGGACAAGCUUCGCCUUGCCAUUCUGGAGGAAAGUUUGGAAUGGGAUGAGUUGCCAACAAAAGAACAGAACAGAAUAGAAUAGAAUAGAUCAGAUCUUUAUUGUCAUUGUCCCCUUGUGGGAACAACGAAAUUUCUCGAUUGCUGUAUCAAAAGUGUCUGGAUUCUCUGCCAAAACAGAAGGAGUGAAAGAUGGCCACUUCAGAAAAAGGGGUCUCUUACACUAAAUGCUCAUAGCCAACAGAAUCAUAGAAUGUAACUAAGCCAGGCCUCCUCAACCUCGGCCCGCCAGAUGUUUUGAGACUACAAUUCCCAUCAUCCCUGACCACUGGUCCUGCAAGCUAGGGAUCAUGGGAGUUGUAGGCCAAAAACACCUGGAGGGCCAAGGUUGAGGAAGCCUGAACUAAGCUCUAUAAAGAGUGUAAACACACCAUCAAAACCUGUACAGGAUUUGGAACUUGAUUCCCCUGUAGCUUCUUACAGCAAACCGAAUAAAUAUUAUUAUUUUCCCCACCCUGGUGUGGUUUA